UGUUGUUGCAAAACUUUCUCUAGAGGGUCGACACUCCAUAGUCAUAAAGUUUUAUUUACGGGGGGGGAUAAUAAUAACACGAAGAGGUCAAUUAAAGAUAGGGGAAAAAAAAAGAUUUGCGUCGACUUUGAUUCGAUAUAUUUGUACAUGAAAUGUGGGUUCCUUCCUCCUCCUCCUCCUCCUCCUCCUAUCUCUGGUUCACGCCAAACUUCCUGGAAACCAAACUGAACACUUUCUCAGCAAAGUGCGGAAGAGUUCCUUAUUACCUGCAUCAUUAAGGCGAGAGAAAACAUUGGGGAAGUUAAAGGAGCUUGUGAAUGGCGUAAAGAAGUUAUGGCACCGGGGAGCGUUCAAUGGCGCUGGACUCGUAUUUUACACUGGAUCUUCUGAUAUGUGACCUGGAUUAUUAUUAUUAUUAUUAUUAUCAUUAUUAUUUCCAGUCUUGUUAGCAGAGAUUUAAUAGAUCUAAUAGUGUAAACACGCCCUUUCAAAGACAAGGCGGUGUUUCUAUUAAAACGCAUCAGCGUGUGGAAAUGUCACCCUGAAUCCAGUUCAUAAAGUUUCAGCUGUUUUCUUAGACCCUUUUUAAAAAACCCAUCCAAAACAACAGACCAGUCAAGCGCCACGAUGGCACUAUGCGGACGCAAGAGUCGCCCCAAGCUGCUGCUCUUCUUCAUGUGUGUUACACUCUUCGGAUAUUUCAUGUUUCACAAAAGUUCAGAUGUGAGUCGGGCAAAUCGUCGAGGAGUUUCAUCUGAUCUCAGCCCUGAGGAUGAUCAUGAGCUCCUGCGCAGACCUGUGUAUGAGAAACCAGCUUUAGAUGUGGACGCGCUGGGCGAGAUGGGGAAAGCCGUGAGACUGGAGCUGACUGGAGAGGAGAAGAGAAAAGAAGAAGAAAGUCUUCAGAAACAUCAGAUCAACAUUUAUGUGAGCGACAAAAUCUCUCUCCACCGAAGAUUACCUGAAAGAUGGAAUCCACUAUGCAAAAACCUGAAGUAUGACUACCGGAGUUUACCCUCCACAUCAGUAGUGAUUGCCUUUUACAAUGAGGCCUGGUCUACUUUAUUGCGCACAGUGCACAGUGUUCUGGAAACCUCACCUGACAUUCUAUUAAAGGAGGUCAUUCUUGUGGAUGACUACAGUGACCGAGAGCAUUUGAAGCAGCCUCUGGAGAAAUACAUAGCUGACCUGAGGAAAGUACGUCUGAUCCGAGCGAGGAAGAGAGAGGGUCUGGUCAGGGCUCGGCUCCUGGGGGCCUCCAUAGCCACAGGUGAUGUGCUGACUUUCCUGGACUGUCACUGUGAGUGUCAUGAGGGCUGGCUGGAGCCCCUGCUGCACAGAAUAAAGGAGGAACCUAGCGCCGUUGUCUGUCCUGUAAUAGAUGUGAUUGACUGGAACACAUUCCAGUAUCUGGGCAACUCAGGAGAGCCUCAGAUCGGUGGCUUUGACUGGAGACUUGUUUUCACGUGGCACAGUGUUCCUGAAUAUGAGCAGAAACGCAGACAAUCCUCUACUGAUGUCAUCAGAUCUCCAACCAUGGCUGGAGGUCUGUUUGCAGUCAGCAAGAAGUACUUUCAAUACCUGGGUACAUAUGACACGGGGAUGGAGGUGUGGGGAGGAGAGAACCUGGAGUUCUCAUUCAGAAUCUGGCAGUGUGGAGGGAGUUUAGAGAUCCAUCCCUGUUCCCAUGUGGGCCAUGUCUUCCCUAAAAAGGCUCCCUAUUCACGCAGCAAGGCUUUAGCCAACAGCGUCCGGGCAGCAGAGGUCUGGAUGGACAACUACAAGGACCUGUACUACCACCGCAAUCCCCACGCUCGCCUGGAGGCAUUUGGCGAUGUGACGGAAAGGAAGAAGCUAAGGAUGCGUCUUGGCUGUAAGGACUUUAAAUGGUUCCUGGAGAAUGUCUAUCCAGACAUCCAUGUCCCAGAGGAUCGACCCGGCAUGUUUGGAAUGCUAAAGAAUCGAGGGAUGUCUAACUAUUGCUUUGACUACAAUCCACCCAGUGACCAUAACGUGGCGGGCAACAGGAUCAUUCUGUAUCAGUGCCAUGGCAUGGGCCAAAACCAGUUUUUCGAACAUUCUUCAGAAAACGAGAUCCGUUACAACACAAGGGAGCCCGCAGGCUGUGCCAUGGCCGAUCCCAUCUCCACCUUCCUCAGCAUUAAUCUAUGCCGAAAACCAGACCAGCCCGUCCCUGAUGACCAGAAGUUUGUGUUCAGAGAGGAUGGGACUCUGUACCACGUCCAAACUCAGAAGUGUGUCGAAGCUGUGCAGCAGGUGGACAACGACAACCCGGGUCCUGCUCUCCGCCCGUGCAGCGGCUCAUCACACCAGCAGUGGUUCUUUCAGGAGAGGACACAUAUUUUAUAGGGAAACCUCACAGCACUUUCUGUACAGCUCCAGAUGUUGUAAGGACAUCUGACAUGAUGAUCUACAAGACUCUCUGCUGUGACUUCCUCAUAUACAGAUACAUAGACAGAUACAUUUUGAUAUAAGAUAGUCAAGAUUCACUCUUUAUUUAUAAUCUAAUGUAAAACACCUUUACAACUGCUGCAGCUUUGAUGGAUUUAGAGCAAUGACUUAUUUCGGUAUACUGGUCACUGCCUCCUUUCAAAUGUUUUGGAGCUCACAUUUUGAAGUAAUUGAAUUGAGAUCAUUGAUUUUUCUUAAUUCAGUGCAAUCGAUCUUCCUCUUCCUCAAAUCAAAUGCUGACUGUUGCUGGCCGAUAUGCAUUCAAUACGUUUAAAUAGUUUUUUUCUAAAGUAACCUGGGAAACAUUAUUGGAGUCGUGGGUAGGAUCGGUUUCUUACUUCUGAUCUCUGUUUGGCUUUGUGGGUUUGGUUUGGGGCUUCCAGUUUCCUUACACCUCCACUUCCUGCUGUUAAAUUGGAAAAUAGGCUAAAUUGCGGCCAGGUGUUAAUAAGUAAAUGUGUUUAUAUAAUCUUCCAGUGAACCGGUUCCUCGUUCAGGGUGCAUUUCUGCCUCAGAUGCAGUGUAAGUACAUCUAGUCGAGACUUAUGGUGUGCCUCAGAACUGGGAUCCUGCAGAACACAACAAAAUUGUCAUGGGACAAACAAUAGCAGAAAAACAAAGACCAUGUUUUGUAAUUUGCUGUGUAUUUGCUGUGCUUAUUUAUGACAUGCCGGCAGUGCUGGCAUUUCUACCUCUGGGUUUAGUGUAGUGUUUCUAAGGGAAUACUGACUGCCUUCUAGGUCUUGUUUGUUUUAAAAAUCCGUCCUGGUUUAAACCGUGCCCACUUUGGGUGUAAAUCCGAAUACAGAUCAUAUGAAUAUCUUAUUAUUCGUUCAAUAUAAUUAGAUGAAUUGCACAGAUAUAGAUACAGAUAACUCCUGUUUACUGAAAAAAUGCACUAUGUGGGUACUGUAGACCAAUUUUAAAGUCAUAUUCGCUUGUUUUUUUGGCAGCUAGGUCACUUGAUAACAUUUUUUUUGGCUGGUUAGAAGAUUGAACAUCUGCAGUGGUGCAGGCUCUAACACUGAGGCAAUACUUAUUACAAACCACUUGAUGGUGCCAACUCCUCCGUGUUCUUCAGCAUUCGAGAGAAAGCUGGUUUAAACAUUCCAGAUUGCUGUAGUUCAGAUUUAGGGCUUUAAUAGUAGCCUUUACUAUGCAUAUGCUGAUCUGCUGAUUAAAAUAGAACAUGGUGGAACGUAUACAGUUAUAAAAGAACUUUGUAAUACAAGGGCAAAUGUAUACAUAUGUAUUUAAUGGCUAAAUACAGACUUUAACCUUCUUUUCUAUUGAGUGAUCACUGAGGUCAGUGAUGAUGGGUGUGGAGUAUAUGGAUUAAGUUUAGAUUGCUGUUGGUCAGAUGCAUGUUAAUGAAUAUGCAAUAAGUGACCGUAAUUGGUCACUACACGCUGUAAGUUCUUUAUUAACAUCUGUUCAUAAAUGUUGAACAUUUAUUACUGAUAUCCUAACUGAUAUUGUGCAUCACAGAACAGCUGUUUCUUUUCUUAUUUAUAGUUUGUUUUUUAAAGUUAUGGGUGCCUUAACUGGUUAUAAUGUGAUUCAGUGUUCUGAGACAUAGAUUUUGAUUACGUUUAAUCAUGUGCCUAAUCUGGAUUAAAUGAAUGAGAUGGCAAUUUACAGAACUAAACAUAUAUCAGGAACUGUUUAUUCAGACUGACCGGUGACCUUUUGAGAUACUACGCAGAUGUUCAUAAAACUUCCAGGGAUAAACAGGUGGUUGUCAGCUUGUUUAUCUGUGGAUUUACACUGGAGCACCGAGAGACCUUGUGCUGUCGAUCAAGUCUCAAAACACAGGAUUCAUCAGACGGUGAGAAGAAAUACGACCUCUGGACAGUCGCCUGUAAUGCUGAUCUCCUGAAGAAGCGUCUUAUGAUCUGAAAAACAAAUUAAUGUAACUUUUCGUUAACAAAUAUUACAUUGUUUUUGAUGAUUUAUUCAGUGGCCUGAUACUGAUGUCUGAUACUGAGGUAGCUAUUGAUUUAGCUACUAUCUAAUAUAGCUGGUUUUGUUAGGGGCUUUUGAUUUUGUUUGUGCACUUUUUAUGUGAACCACCAUCACAGUGAACAGAAAUGCCAAGCUUCUCCUUCACAGUUCAGGUUUCUUUACUGGAACCUAAACUGCAGGUCAUGGAUGCUGUAUAUUAAGUGACCUUAACGUAUCUGUAAUUAAGCCUUUAAUUCCAUGCAUUUCUUACAUUUUUUUGGUGUAUUGGUCUGUAUGAAGGAGAACAUGAUGUUCAUUAGUUUUGUACUUUGAAUUUAACUUAAGAAAUUAGUGGUGGCUCAAGUGGUUAAGGCUCUGGGUCGUUGACCGGAAGAUCAGGGGUUCAAGCCCCAGCACUGCCAAGUUGCCACUGUUGGGCCCUUGAGCAAGGCCCUUAACCCUCUCUGCUCCAGGGGCGCCGUAUCAUGGCUGACCCUGCGCUCUGACCCCAACCUCCAAGGAUGGGAUAUGCGAAGAAAGAAUUUCACUGUGCUGUAAUGUAUAUGUGACAAAUAAAGGCUGUUUCAUUUCAUUUCUUUGAACAUUAAAGAAACUUUUCAAGUAA